UUCUUUUAUGUUUUCUCUUGCAAGUCUCCCCCUUUCUCAUCUCAAUUCCAUAAAAAAGGAACAAAAUCAAACGGAGCAACGAAAGAAAAGAUGUCUGAUUAUUUGCCUGUAGAAGUGAUCAUCGAUAUCCUCAAAUGGCUCCCAGUCAAGUCCGUGGUGAAAUUCAGGUCAGUUUGCAAGACAUGGAACAGUCUCAUUUGCGACCCAUCGUUCGUUUCAGCUCAUUGCCAAGCUUACCUUUCGAGACCACCAAACAACACUCCCUUACUCCUCAUCAUCAGCUUCUCCGUAAACGGAAAAGAUAAGUAUUCUUUACACUAUGAUAAUGAUGUGUUUGAUGAGUUGAAGAAGCUUCAAUACCCUGUCUUUGACAGUAUUUGGUCUCCUAUGUAUUUUGGUUCUUGCAAUGGGUUGGUUUGUCUUGGUUCUUAUGCCCACAAUCCUAUGCGUUUUGUUUUCUGGAACCCUUCUAUUCAAAAGUACAUUUCUUUGCCCCAGCCUGACAUUUGCUGCAUCGAUUAUGCCUCGCGUUUAAAUUCUGCGUUUGGGUUUGGGUUUGGGUUUGAUUCGAGAACCAAUGAUUACAAGAUACUUACUGUUAGGUUUGACAAGGCUAAUCAUUUGAUUCAACCUAGUCUGUUUUCACUGAGGGAAAAUUGUUGGACAAUGGUUGUUGCCAUUGCUCCCAAUUAUGAAUUUGAUGAUGAGACUUCGAUGACAUUUGUUAAUGGAGCUGUUCAUUGGUUAGGAUAUCAGAGAAGAAACAGCGAUGGGUUCAAAUUCAAUUAUACAAUUUUAGGGUUUGAUUUGAGUGCUGAGGAGUUUUUUGAGAUAAGUUUUCCCGAGAGUUUUACUUGUUUGCCUGAUAUGGAAUUGUCAACUAUGAAAUAUGGGCAAUCUUCCAUUGCAGUGGUUAAAUUAGGUUGGGAAGAUGGUGAGUUGCUUGAGAUGUGGGUCAUGAAGGAGUACGGUGUUGUUGAGUCAUGGACUAAGGUGUUGGCAUUAUACAUGGGUGAUCGAAGUGAAUUGUUUCCGAGGGUAUUGGGGUUUCGGAACAAUGGGGAAGUUUUAUUGCAAGUGGAUGAAGGAGAGAUGGCUCCACUCGAUUUGAACCGUCAGUUAAUUAAGCCUCAUGGAGUUAAGAUCGGGGAAUACUUUCUAUCUGUCGAGAGUUACAUGGAGAGCCUGGUGUUGCUCGACAAAGCCAUCGGUGUCUGCAGUGUGAGCGAUGCAAAUCAUGUAAUAGAUUCAACUGGGAGGAGAGUGAAGCGACAUAGGACUGGACCCUAAGGAACCAUGCAAAUAUACGGCCGUUGGAGAAUAUGUCUACCUUUUCGUUGAGCAGAGCUUCCGUAUAGUCUUUUUUCUCUGUCUUGCACUGCAUUUUUUUCUUCUUUUAGUUAGAUUAGACUCAUCACUCUCGGGUGUACCGAGUCAUCCUUAGGCAGUUUUCGUAUUGGCAUCCACUUGAAGUGCGCUUAUGGUCUUGUCAAUCUUGAACAGCCUCUUUGAAGCACUUUUAGCUUCAAAGAAGACCGUAGGUUGAAGGGAUUGUAGAAGCUACCUCCUCGUAAAGGUGAUUACGUGAACCACCGAGCUAAGCCUCAGUUCAGGGGUAAUGUCUUAACUGAAUGGAACAAGAAUAUAGGCUAGAUGUUGCAAUGCAUGCAGGGUUGAUAACCAGUAGCAAUGAUAAGUCGUAAAACGAAUCUGGUUCAUUGUGGCAC